AAGCGAGGCCGGAAAGGGCCGAAGCGGGGCCGAAGCGGGUGAGGGGCAGCCCGGUAGAGGAGCAUCCUCGCCAAGAUGAACGCGGUGCUGGCGGUCCGGCAGUACGUGUCCAAAAUGAUCGAGGACAGCGGUCCCGGUAUGAAAGUGCUGCUGAUGGACCGGGAGACGACCGGCGCCGUGAGCGUGGUGUACACCCAGUCCGAGAUCCUGCAGAGAGAGGUUUAUCUCUUCGAGCGCCUCGACUCGCCCAACAGGGAGCCCAUGAAGCACCUCAAGGCCAUCUGCUUCCUGAGGCCCACCAAGGAGAACGUGGAGCUCCUGGUGCAGGAGCUGAGAAGACCCAAGUACAGUGUCUACUUCAUCUAUUUCAGCAACGUCAUCAGCAAGAGCGACGUGAAGGCCUUGGCUGAGGCCGAUGAGCAGGAGGUCGUGGCUGAAGUCCAGGAGUUCUAUGGUGACUACAUUGCAGUGAACCCACACGUCUUCUCCCUGAACCUGCUGGGCUGCUGUCGGGGCCGCAGCUGGGACCCGGCUCAGCUCACCAGGACAACGCAGGGGCUCACUGCUUUGCUCCUGUCCCUGAAGAAGUGCCCCAUGAUCCGCUACCAGCUCUCCUCAGAGCCGGCAAAGCGCUUGGCCGAGUGUGUGAAGCAAGUGAUCACGAAGGAGUACGAGCUGUUUGAUUUCCGCCGCACCGAGGUCCCUCCCCUGCUCCUCAUCCUGGACCGCUCGGACGAUGCCAUCACCCCCCUGCUGAACCAGUGGACGUACCAGGCCAUGGUCCAUGAGCUGCUGGGCAUCAACAACAACCGCAUCGACCUGUCCCGCGUGCCGGGGAUCAGCAAGGACCUGCGGGAGGUCGUCCUGUCCGCUGAGAACGAUGAGUUCUAUGCCAAUAACAUGUACCUGAACUUCGCCGAGAUUGGCACCAACAUCAAGAACCUGAUGGAGGAUUUCCAGAGGAGGAAGCCAAAGGAGCAGCAGAAGCUGGAGUCCAUAGCAGAUAUGAAGGCCUUUGUGGAGAACUACCCUCAGUUCAAGAAGAUGUCAGGCACAGUGUCCAAGCACGUGACGGUGGUGGGGGAGCUGUCCCGGCUCGUGGCAGAGAGGAACCUGCUGGAGGUGUCCGAGGUGGAGCAGGAGCUGGCCUGCCAGAGUGACCAUUCCAGUGCCCUCCAGAGCGUGCGGCGGCUGCUGCAGAGCCCGCGGCUGUCGGAGCUGGACGCGGCGCGCCUGGUGAUGCUCUACGCGCUGCGCUACGAGCGCCACGCCAGCAGCGGCCUCCCCGCACUGCUGGAGGAGCUGCGCGCCCGCGGGGGCAGCGACAGGUACCGCAAGCUGGUGUCUGCCGUGGUGGAGUACGGAGGGAAGCGCGUGCGGGGCAGUGACCUGUUCAGCCCCAAGGACGCCGUGGCCAUCACCAAGCAGUUCCUCAAAGGCCUCAAGGGCAUUGAGAAUGUGUACACCCAGCACCAGCCCCUGCUCCAGGAAACCCUGGACCAGCUCAUCAAGGGGAAGCUCAAGGACAGCCAAUAUCCCUACCUGGGCCCCAACACACUCCGGGACAGGCCUCAGGACAUCAUUGUGUUCCUCAUUGGUGGAGCCACCUACGAGGAGGCUCUGGCUGUGUUCAACCUGAACCGCUCCAACCCCGGCGUCCGCAUCGUGCUGGGGGGCACCACCAUCCACAACACCAGGAGCUUCCUGGAGGAGGUGACAGCCGCAGGAUUCCGCGGUAGAAGCACUGAGAGCUCCCAAGUCCCACCAAGGUCCAGCAGAUGGUGAAUCCUGAAGAAAUGAGGGGUUUUUUGAACAUUCAGAGCUUUCCCAGAGCAGAGCAGAGCAGGAUGUUCCUGGCCUGCAGCUGGAGCUUCCCCUCCACACCCAGAAUGGCAGCGAGUGCUGCAGCUGGCACUGGAUGUGCCCCCACUGCAGCUCCUCAUUGUCCCCUCACAAACUGCUCCAGGACUGGGAUGGUCACCUGAGGAGAGCCUGGGAAAGCUCCUGAAUCCCUGCAGCUCUGCACAGGACACAUGAAUGAGUCCCAUGAGGAGCCCAUGCAGGGGGAGCAGCUGUGGGGGUCUGGUUGGGGGGCACAGGAGCCCUUUGCUGUUGUCUGUAUAUGUUGAAUCCUAUUAAAUCCCCCACUUUGGCCAAAUCUGUCUCCUAGAUGAUUCCCACUUUCCCUUUCCCAAGGCCACAAGGUGCAGUUACAGCCUGAGCCUCCAUGGGAGCUUUUGCUCCCCUC